AUGGAGUCUGCAAAGCUCGAGUCCCACCUCAACGACCACUUCAACCCCUACGAUCUGCCUUCUUCUCCUACUGGUGGUCGUUACUCCCAUGAAAAUAGCGACAGCCAUCUGAGCGACAACGACAGUCUGAUCGACCAGCACAUCUACCAGCAUAUCCACUCCACAACGACAAAUGGCUUCUACCACGACCUUCUCCAAGAGAAACAACAGUUCUCCAACGAAGACUAUGUCCAAAGGUUCUCUGAGGGUACCCAGACAACCCCCUCCCUCGAGUCCUCCCCACCUACACUUGUACAGCAACAACAACAGACCUCGUUCAACCAGAAGCCACUCCCGACCUGGCCGUCUGGCAACACCGCACGGUUUCAGACCCCUGCAGACCCGACUCAGGAACAAUCGGUCCGCAAGACACGAAUUCACCCCAACCCCCACCUCAGCCAAUACCAACAGCAGCAACAACAGCCUCUCCUGCCCUCUCAACAAUACCAACAGUACCAACAACAACGAUCAAAUCAACAACAGCAGAUGCUCGAUCCACAUUCCAAUUCGUUGCAGUCCUCAUCUCCACCUUCACCUGCAGCUGCAGCUGCCGUCUCCAUGUUGUCAAAGACUCCCAUGACCCCGCCGAGGAUAUCGUCCCUCUCCCCGCCAACAAACAACAAGUCUGUAAUCCAACAACAAAAGCCCCACUCCCCUCCCCCUUCCCCUCCCCAGCCCGCCUCACUCGACCACCCAAGAUACAACAACUACAGCAACGGAUACACUACCAGCAACAAUGCCUUCCACCUCGAACCGUCCCCAACCCUCAGUUCCACAGAGACCUUCCCCUCCAACAACACCUACAAGUCUACCAACGUCUCCUCCCCCGCCUCCUCCAUCUCCAUCCCCACCACUAACUCUUCCUCUCCUCAACCCACCCCAGUCGACUAUGCCCUGGCUGCCCUCUCUGCCAAUCCUUCCCGCCCUUCGAUUUCCUCAACCUCCUCGACCUCCAACAGCCACGCUGGUAGCCGCCCUCGACCCUCCAGCUAUGCACCCAUCAAGAUUUCGGAUGUUUCGUCCACACUCGCCAAUAUGUCGACUCUUGCAACCCUGCCAAUACCCUCUGCCUCUGCCGCCUCGUCUGUACUUUCUUCCUCUACCCCACCUUCACCCAUCAACCCUGCAGGUGCCUUCCUUCCUCCUCUCGUCACUACUCUGAAGCAGCAGCAUCAAUACAUCCAGGAGGAUCAUUUGCAACAGCCACAACAGCCUGCGCCAAAGUCAGCGGCAGUUUUGGUCGAGUCUUGGUCAGAGCCAUCGGUGAAACCCACCAUGACCUUGGUGCCUACUUCAGGUGCUUCUGGAGCAGGAGGUGGAUACAACAUGUCUGGACCGUCCCAUCACGGCCCACCCACACGUGCAUCAACCAUGGACUAUCGCAAGCUCACGCACGGUUCUACGAACUUGGGCGAUUCGCCUAGUUCAUCGACUUCUCGACCCAACAACAGCCAACAGCAGCUCGACCCUCAAGCCGAAAGCUCUGCCCGUGCUCGCAGAAAGCAGUUGUAUCGCCGCAACACCUACUCGGCUGAAUUGGCCUCGUCCUCGUUCCCCCGCUCGGAGGAUGAGAUGGACAUGGAUGAGGUUGAGGACGCUCGACGCAGCAGGAUGGAUGCCUUAAAGAAGAGCAGCAGUCGACGCUUGUCGAAGCGCAAGAAGGAUGACAAUGAUGACCGUGUCAUGAUCGGUACUCCUAUCGGCGAGGAUCACGUCAACUAUGUCCUUAUGUACAAUAUGUUGACCGGUAUCCGCGUUAGUGUGUCUCGAUGCCAAGCAAAGCUUCAGCGUCCCCUGGUGGACGAGGACUUUACUUCAGCCCACAAGUUGGCCUUUGACAUUACUGGUAACGAGUUGACGCCGUCGUCCAAGUACGACUUCAAGUUCAAGGACUAUGCACCCUGGGUCUUCCGUAACUUGCGCGAGGAUUUCCACAUCGAUGCCUCUGAUUACUUGGUGUCGUUGACUAGCAAGUAUAUCCUGUCGGAAUUAGGAUCGCCUGGAAAGAGUGGCAGUUUCUUUUACUUCUCGCAGGACUAUCGCUUCAUCAUUAAGACCAUCCACCACGCCGAGCACAAGUUCAUGCGCAAGAUCCUCAAGGACUACUUCAACCAUGUGAAGCAAAACCCACAUACGUUGCUUUGCCGAUUCUUUGGACUGCAUCGUGUCAAGUUGCCUCAUGGACGCAAGAUUCACUUUGUGGUCAUGGGCAACGUCUUCCCUCCCAACAGGGAUAUCCACGAGACUUAUGAUCUGAAGGGCUCGACUCUGGGACGUGCUAUCAGUGACGAGGAACUCAAUAACAACCCUCGUGCUACCCAGAAGGAUCUCAACUGGGUCAACCGUAACCGCAAGCUGGAGCUCGGACCGGAGAAGCGCCAUUUGUUUGUGGAACAGACCAAGCGGGAUGUGGAACUGUUGGCCAGACUCAAUAUUAUGGACUACAGUUUGCUCAUCGGUAUCCAUGACCUCGAACGUGGAAACAAGGAUAACAUUCGAGACAACACUCUCAAGGUCUUUCAUCCGGAUACGACGAAACAACUAGUGAGGGAACCGUCGCGUCGAGAUAAGCGGGAGAGCAAGGUGAAUGCGCUGAGAAUGGCAGUGAAGGUGUCAGACCCACAGGCGCUCGGACCCUCGACACUACCGUCGGACUCCUUCUCGGAACGAAGACACUGUAUCUUUUACGCGGACGACGGAGGUCUACUAUCGACAAACGAACAGAAUGUCCGGGGAGAGGAUCUCUACUACCUCGGCAUCAUUGAUAUUCUGACACCUUACAACUAUGUCAAGAAGGUUGAGCAUUACUGGAAGGCGAUGAGUCAGGACAAGCACGCGAUCUCGUCUGUCAAUCCGAUUGAGUAUGCGUCGCGAUUCUUGAGCUUCAUGAUUCACGCCAUCAAGGUCAAUCAUGAUGUCCUCCCUGCCCUCGAAGCCAAAAGUCACCCCCACUCUGAGUAA